AUGAAAAAGUUCCAAGAAUUGUUAUUCUCGCUUAACAAAAAACCUACAUUUAACAAUAAUGAUGAGAAAAAUAUUUAUAAACUCUGUGAAAUGAUAUUAAUUGAUAAUUGUAAUAUUCCUGUUGAAUUAAAUAUGAAUAUAGAAGAAGAAAAUCAGUAUUUAGAAUUCAAAAAAAUGAUUGAAAUACCAAAUAAAGAAGAAGCUGAGAUAAUUGAAACUUCUCGAAUGAAAUUCGAGAUUGAAUAUUUGAAAAAUUAUAAUAAUCCUACCAAAAAAUUAAUACAAUUUUCAUUUUUAAAGAAUAAAUUGAAAGAGAUGAGUGAUUAUCCAUUUUACCGAAUCAUCUGCCUUCAAUCUGCUGAUCAAACAAUUAAUGUUUCUUCAGAAUACAAGAAAUUUAGAAACAAGAUUGUAAAUGAAAUCUGUGGUUUUAAGAUAUCAUUUUUAGAAGAUGCAUUCAAGAUAUAUGAUGCUCGAUUUGACCAAAAGAGUGAUGAUUUUGAUACUACAUCUUUUGAUCGAUUAGGAAACUAU